UACUCAUUCAUCUGCUCUUCCAUCUCCUUCACUGUCUCCGAUUACUGGUGUUUCAACCUCACGUAACACUAAUCAAUUUGAAACUUAUUUCGCUGAACAUUCCGUUCGUGACGACGUGGAUGAUGAUGAUGUCACUGUUGAUGAACCAUUAUCUGGCAGUAUCAAUGAAAAUUGGAGUUUACAACAAACUACAACUACUGAUACAUCUAAUACUCCUAGCUUAUGGGAUUUGAACACUAUGCUUACAACGUUUGAUGCUUUACCGGCUUCAAUGAAAUCUUAUAUGUUAUUCCAACUUCUUCGUCGUUGCCCAACAAAUACUCUCCAAUAUGUUAGUAAUAUUAUUUUACCAGCUUUAAGGAAAGAUUUUGUUGGAGCACUUCCUCUUGAACUCAGUCUACAUAUAGUGAGGUAUUUAGAUGCUGGAAGUAUGUGUAGGGCUGCUCAAGUUAGUAAAAGAUGGAGAAAUGUUAUUGAUGGUGAUGGUUUGACAUGGCAACGUCGCCUGAAAUUAGAUGGAUUCGGUUUAGAUGCUAAUGAGGAAGCACGUGCCAUUGCCGAAAACUGGGGACUUUUACGCCCGAUAAAAUCCACUCAUAGUAUAAAUAGACAAUUGGAUGGUACGAACAAUGAAAGUGGUACUUCAUCGUCUGAAGAAAGAACUGUUGUAGAGAUUGAUGAUGAUGAAACUGAUCAUAUGAGAGUAGUUAAUGAAGAUAAAGAAGGUUCAUCAUCUGGAUUAGAUGUGUAUAGGACUAAUCUUAGUAAUGAUAAUAUGGCAGUUGAUUCAGUUGAUAUUGACAUUUCAGAUCAAAAAGAUAGUUUGAUUGUUGAUAGUAAUAAUAAUGAAUUACAAGAUUCUAUCACUCUUUCACCAACAGGAACUGAUGAACCACCAUCUUCUUCUUCGGUUGGUACUAGUUCAUUGUUUGAAAGUAAUGAUAAUAUCGAACCUUCAGAAGAACAACCACCACUUCCACCAUCUGCAAGUCAUCCAUAUAAAGCUAUUUACCGUCGUCAUUAUCUUAUGAGACAAAAUUGGAUUAAUGGUCGGCAUAAACAUAUAUCUUUUCAAGGUCAUGGCAAUCAUGUUGUUACAUGUCUUCAAUUUGAUUCAGAAAAGAUAAUUUCAGGAUCUGAUGAUCAAUGCAUUAAUGUAUAUGAAACUUCAACGGGUAAAUUAAUUAAUCGACUUGAAGGUCAUGAUGGAGGUGUUUGGGCAUUACAAUACGUUGAUAAAACGUUAGUGUCAGGUUCUACGGAUCGAACCGUAAGAGUGUGGGACCUUGAAAAAGGCAUUUGCACUCAUGUUUUCCCAGGGCAUACGAGUACUGUUCGAUGUCUUCAGAUUAUAAUGCCACAAAACGUCAAUACGAAUCCUAAUGAGCCACCAAUUAUUGAACCACUUUAUCCUUUGAUAGUUACGGGAUCAAGGGACUCCACCUUAAAAGUUUGGCGUCUUCCAAAUCUUGAAAAAAAUGAUCCUCAAUAUCAACCUAUAAUUCCAUCAUCACCAUCAGAUAAUUCACCAUAUCCGGAAAAUCCUUAUUUUGUUCGUACACUUCAAGGACAUUCACAUUCAGUUCGUGCUUUAGCAGGAGUUGGAAACACUUUAGUAAGCGGAAUAUACUCUGUUGUAUUAGACGCAAAACGAAAAAGAUGUAUGAGCGGAAGUAUGGAUGGUACAGUAAAGGUAUGGAGUUUAGAGGAUGGAACAAUUGUCUGGACUUUAGAAGAUCUUUCACAUGACUUUCUUGUUUCUGCUGCUGCUGAUUCUAGCCUUCGUAUAUGGAAUCCUGACGAUGGAACUUGUAAACAUGUUUUAACUACACAUUCCGGAGCUAUUACAUGUUUCCAACAUGAUGAGAGUAAGGUUAUAUCGGGAUCAGAUGGAACACUUCGAAUGUGGGAUGUUAAGACAGGUCGCCAACAACGAGACUUAUUAACUGGCUUAACUGGAGUCUGGUAA